AUGGCUGAAAACGCUGCUACACUGACCCGGAUGACUCCCGGCGUCGUGCUUGGCUAUCCCGACGUUCAAGGGAAAUGGCCUAGGGACCCUGAACAACUUUCUGUCAACGGCAUUGACAGCGGCGUAUUCAUCAAUGAACUAGCGAAUAUUGAACUUUUGCCGAAGAGGCUCAAAUCAUUCAGUGACGGGGAGAAGAAGUCUUUUGAUCAAAACCCCGAGAACCUACAUUGGAAAGCCCAUGAACAAGGGCCGUCUCCUAUUCACGAAGGAACAUAUCGGGGGACCAAGCUGGCACUUACCAAGGCCUAUGAUCUUAUAGAGCAGCGCUUUACGUCCUUCAUGGAUGCGGCCAAUUUUGAACCUCUGGUUCCAUCACCUCUGACCAGAGACGAAAAACAGCAGUUCUUUGAUUUCACAGAUGGCUCAGACGGCUUUCCGCCCCAUCUGAACCUUGCUGGUAAUGUACAAGCAGCAGAGGAGGAGAAAAACAAGUCAGAGAAAUCAACACUCCAGCCAUCUGAUCUGUUUAACAAGAUGCGCCUGCUUCAGUUAAGCUCUCUAUUACCGACCGUUGUGCCUAAUAAAUACAUCAGAGGAGCUGCCGGGAUAGCCGCAUGGGCUUGGUUUGGCUCUAUGGGCACACCCGAUGAAGGGACCAAACUUGAAGAUGUGGAACAGUAUAAUAGGAAAUCUCGCGAAUCGUCACACCGUGAUGAUAUCUUUGAUCUCCCAAACGUGGGCGAUUUGCCGGAUUGGUACUGUGAUAACCGGUUUUGCCAGCAGCAGUUUACAGGGGCAAAUCCAACAACGAUUGAACUGGCUUCAGAUAGUUGGGUAAAUCACUUCAUUCAAGCAGCUAAUGCACCAGAGGAUUCAGCAGCUAAGGAGAACAUCACCCAUCUCAAUAACAGCUGCCGAGAGUCUUUGUACAUGCAGGAUUACAGCUACUUUCGCGAAGCUGCUGGGUUGGAACCGAGUGCUGUUAUUAGUUCUAGGUUUGAUGAGUCAGAGGAGAAAGAUGUGGUUCAUCGCUAUGGCUGCGCGUCGGUCUGUCUUUUUUACCUCAAUGACAAAGGUCAACUCUACCCGCUAGCUAUUGUGAUCGACUGGCGUGGAAGUGCAGAGAGGUCUGUGACGAUCUAUAACCGGGAACUUAUGAAGCGGAAGGAUCUCCGGUCAGGAAACGAAAAGCAUGACCAGAAGGAGAAGCCAAUUGAUGAGGCCUAUGACUGGCCUUGGAGAUAUGCAAAAACCUGCGUGCAAUGCAGCGACUGGCUUCGUCAUGAAGUCACUGUGCACCUCACUAAUACGCAUUUGAUUGAAGAGGCCACAAUUGUCGCAGCUAACAGACAACUCGACCCGAACCACCCUGUGAUGAGGUUGCUCUAUCCGCACUGGCAGAAAACUCUGGCAAUCAAUGCGGCAGCCCGAAACACUCUUAUUCCCCACAUCAUUGUCGAGCUAAUUGGGCUUCAACCAACAGAGGCAUAUAAGUUUAUCCGGCACGCGUAUAAAACCUUCGACUUCAAGCAACGCUACGUGCCAGUAGACCUCAGCCAGCGUGGGUUUCCUCCAGAGCAACUUGACGGUCCAAAGUUUCACAACUACGCCUAUGCUAGAUGUAUCAACAGCAUGUGGCAUAAGAUCAGGGCCUACGUUCAAGACACACUUAGUUUAGACUACCGACAGCCUGGUGCUGAUGAAAAGGUCCAUCAUGACCAACGCAUUCAGGCCUGGUCGGCAGAGAUGCGAGAUCCCAGUGGUGCAGAUCUGCCAUCUUUCCCAACUAUCAGCACAUUUGCAGAGCUAGUUGACUGUGUGACAAUGUGCAUCCACAUUGCAUCCCCUCAACACACAGCAGUCAACUAUCUUCAAAAUUACUAUCAGUCGUUCGUCGUCAACAAACCUCCCUGUCUCUACACCAACCUCCCAGCAUCUCUGCAUGACCUGCUCGACUACACCGAGAAAGACCUUGUUACGGCGCUGCCUAUGAAUCACACUCGGGAUUGGCUUCUUGCGUCGCAUACACCAUACCUACUCAGCUACAAACCGGGCAAUAAAGAAAGCCUGAUUGUCUACGCUGCAUCGAAGUUCCGGGUAUAUCACCACAAGAAAUCAGAGGAGGACCAGGCCAUCGCAAAAGCGACCGGAAAGUUCUACACGGCGCUUGCUGAUAGUGAAGAGGAGUUCAAGGGAUACGGGCAAGCGACGGAUGAUUGGGGAAUCAUACCGUACGAGGUGUUGAGCCCAGAGUGGAAUGCUGUCUCAAUUUUGAUUUAG